AUGGGGCUAAAAAAUCAUUUGUUCACUUUCUACUAUGUUGUGCUAUUACAAGGUGUCAUCUCUGGUAUAAUCAGUGGUGGCGUGGAAUUUGCAAUUGCGUAUGGUAUGUACCAGAAAUCAAAGAAUUUGGUCACUUUAUGGGCUUUUCCAAAUACUUUUUCUGGUGACUGUGCCUUGACUUUAUUUAUUCAAGUAGGUGUCACUUGGGUAACACAAGAGCUUAUUGUGGGCUGGGAUUGCUACAGGACAAAUAACGAAAUUAUAAAGUUGCCUGACUUUUUAUUGGCGGAAAAACCAAGAAAUUGGUUUGCAUUCUUGUAUUUUGAAGUUAACAGAGGUUUAAUUUACAAAGAUUAUGAAGAAAAACCAACUUUGAAAAUGUAUCUAAGGAAAAAUUUUGCUCCUUACAUUAAAAGUAGAGGAAAUUUCGUCAAUUUUUGUGCAUGGAUAGUCAAUAGAGCCAUCAGAGGUUUAAUAUUUGGUGUUGCUUUAUUUUUAAUUGUCUGGCCAGUCACAAUGGGAAUCAUGGCUGGCAUUGGUCAUAGAAUUUAUGGACAUGAUUAUUACUUUAAUAAUUACCCCACUCCUCAGAUCGCAAAGUUAAUCUAUGGGUUUGUCAUCGGUUUAAUAACUUCUCCAGUGUGCAGUAUGGUGGUCAUUUUAAGAAAUUAUUUUUACAUUGAUAAUAUCGAGAAUUCCAGUAAUUUCAAAGGAUACAUUGCCACGGUGAAUUUGGGAGAAGAGACACUGGGUGGAGAAAGAGAUUUAGAAAAACACUCCUCCAGUUCAGAAACUCCAGCAUUGCUUGACGACGAACCAUCUGUCCCUGUGGUAGCAUAA